AUGAAAGGCCCGGACGGUUGUGGCGUGGACGAUGGUGGUUUGAUCGCCGCCGGGCAAAUGCGCCCGAUUCCGCGCUUUUUGCCGCCACGAGUGGUAGAGUCGGAGAAAGCGCGCGAUAAACCACUCGAUCCGCCGCGCGGCUCGGGAGAAAAAGGCCUCGUGGCAGCUGUCGAUCUUCCCGAGCCACCAAAGACUCUUCACGCAGAGCGGGAUGAAGGUGAAGUAGUCCUGCACGACCGCGUCGUCCGCGGGGUCGUCCGCGAUGCGCUCGAGGACCUCCUGCAGGCCGUGCGGCUUUGUACAAUCCGCGGGGUUUGGCGUUUCGGGAUGGCCGUCAACGGGGCCGGGCCGACGCGCCGAGUCUUCGGUGGCUUCGGUUCGACUUUGGCGAUCGCCGUCGGCAGGCCGGGACGGCAGCGCGGGAUCCUCCCACCCUGCGGAUUGCCCGUAGUUCGACACCGCCGAUGGCAAGUCCGGCGCCACCACGCGCUCCGAAUAACUCAGCCAUUCGUUGGCGUGGAUCAUUUCCUGCAUUUGAUGGGUGCUUGCCCUGGACAGCCGCGGCUUGCAGAACACGCAAUCCAUCAAAUCGUCAAUAAUCGCCUUGGGCAGGGCCCGGAGGGUGGAUUCCACAUUUCCCCGCAGGCCGUGGGUGGCGCGAAUCCGCGGCAUCGGCGGCUCCUGCAGGGUUUGGCAGAGAUUGAGGCAAAGUUGGACCGCCCGGGCGUAAUGUUUGGCCGCGAUUAG